AGAGGCAACAUGUAGUUAGCCCCCUCCUCAAGUUUCAAAGGCGGUGGCCGGAAUCCUUCGAAGUCCUACUUUGACUUGUUCCUUCUUCUUCUAGCCAACCUCCGCCGUUAAAAGGACGGGAGUACUACUCGGUUGGCUCGGGGGAUGCUGCGGUUGGAGUUAAUGGAAAGAUCCCUCCAUCUUCCCUUCCUGGCCUCUUCCUUUGUGUUCUUCUGCUGCUUCUCUUUCUUCGCCGGCCGCUAUGACUUCGGAGUACUGGUUUCGGCGCAGAAUUCGACCGUGCCGGUGGACGUCGGCGUGAUUCUCUACCUUCGGUCUUUUCCGGGGAAGAUGAGCCGGACGAGCAUUUCGAUGGCGAUAGAAGACUUCUAUGCCGUCCAUAGAAACUACACCACGAGGGUGGUUCUACAUGUCAAGGACUCGGAGAACGAAGCCAUCGGGGCAGCGGCAGCAGCGGUGGCGAUGCUGAAGGACGUCCAAGUGAAGGCCAUCAUCGGGCCUAUGACAUCCACCGAGGCCGACUUCGUCAUCCAAAUCGGCAACAAGACGCAGGUCCCCGUCCUCUCCUUCUCGGCGUCCAGCCCGUCCCUCUCCCCAGCCCACACCCCCUUCUUCGUCCGCACCACCACCAACGAUUCCUCCCAGGUCGGCGCCAUCGCCGCGGUGACGCAGUACUUCGGCUGGCGCCAGGCGGUCCCCGUCUACGAGGACUCCGAAUACGGCGCCGGCAUCGUCCCCUUCCUCAUCGACGCCCUCCAAGCUGUCGAUGCCCGCGUCCCCUACCGCAGCGUCAUCCCCACCGAAGCCACCAGUGACGAACUCGACAAGGAGCUGUACAAGCUCAUGACCAUGCAGACGCGCGUCUUCGUCGUCCACAUGCUCCCCGACCUCGGCGCCCGCCUCUUCCGGAGGGCACACCAGCUGGGCAUGAUGGACGACGGCUACGUGUGGAUCACCACCGAUGGGAUCACCGACGUCCUCGACCUGCUCGAUCAGCGGACGGUUGCCGAGGCAAUGCAGGGCGUGAUCGGCGUGCGGCCCUACGUGAACCGAUCCGAGGAGAUCGACGACUUCACGGCCCGGUUCAAGCGGAAAUUUCGGCAGGACAACCCCACACUCGAACCCACCGACCCCACGGUGUUCCAGUUGUGGGCGUACGACACGGCCCGCGCCGUCGCGAUGGCUGUCGAAAAGGCGGUAUCAGCCCGCACAGCCUUCCAAAGCCUACAUUCCGGGAAUAACUCCACCGACUUGGGGCGGCUUGGCGUGAGCCAGACCGGGCCGGCGCUACUGGAAGCCAUUAUGGGCACUCGAUUCCGGGGGUUGGCAGGAGAGUUCCAGCUCGUCGACGGCCAGCUCCAGUCGUCGGCCUUCGAGAUCGUCAAUGUCAACGGAAAAAGCGGGAGGACGAUCGGGUUCUGGACUCAGGGAAACGGGAUCUCGAGGGAUCUCGAGUCCAUAAACGAUACGGGCCUGAGGUCCGUCAUCUGGCCGGGCGAGCCGAAGGACGUGCCCAAAGGUUGGGAGAUGCCCACCAACGGAAAGAAGCUCCGGAUUGCCGUUCCCGUCAAGCAAGGAUUCGACCAGUUCGUGAAGGUGACUACGGAUCCGGCAACCGACAGAACCACCGUCACCGGCUUCUGCAUCGACGUCUUCCAGGCCGUCAUGGAUUCGCUGCCAUAUGCCGUCCCCUUCGAGUACAUCCCCUUCCCCAAUUCGUCCGAAUCUUACGACAACUUCGUCUACCAAGUUAAACUGAAGAACUUUGAUGCAGUGGUGGGCGACACCACGAUCCUUGCCAACCGAUCUCAAUUCGUGGAGUUCACAAUGCCAUUCACUGAAUCAGGAGUGUCGAUGAUCGUGCCGGUGGAGGGGGACAAGAGCAAGAACAUGUGGAUCUUCUUGGAGCCGCUGACCAUCGACCUCUGGCUUGGGAGCUUAGCCUUCUUUGUGUUUACUGGGUUCGUGGUCUGGGUGAUCGAGCACCGGGAGAACGAGGAGUUUGCAGGGAAACCACUGGACCAGUUUGGGAUCAUCUUCUACUUCGCCUUCUCCAUUCUCGUCUUUUCGCAUAAGGAGAAGCUGCAGAGCAACCUCACACGGUUCGUGGUGAUCAUCUGGGUGUUUGUGGUGCUGAUACUGACGUCGAGCUACACAGCGAGCCUGACAUCGAUGCUCACCGUGCAGCAGCUUCAGCCGACGGUGACCGACGCGAACCAGCUUUUGAAAUCAGGGGCCUCCAUUGGGUACCAAGACGGAUCAUUCGUGGCUGGUAUGCUCAAAAGGAUGAGAUUUCAAGAGCAAAAGCUUAAAAACUACAGCACGAUUGAGCAGUACGCUGAAGCUUUGUCCAACGGGAGCGCAAACGGAGGGGUCGAUGCAUUCUUUGAUGAGAUACCUUAUCUCAGGCUCGUCCUAUCGCAGUAUUGCGAUGACUUCGCCAUGGUCGGUCCGACCUACAAGACCGACGGUUUCGGCUUCGUUUUCCCUAGAGGGUCGCCGCUGGUGCCUGACAUUUCCAGGGCUAUCCUAAACAUAACGGAAGGGGAAAGGAUGACAGAGAUCGAAAAGGCAUGGUUUGGGGAUCCGACAAGUUGUCCAAACCAGAGCAACAACUUGGCAUCUUCGAGUCUAGCCUUCAGGAGCUUCGGGGGCCUCUUUCUCAUCACAGGAGUUGUCUCGGUGCUCGCAUUGUUGAUCUUCCUAGCAAGAUUCAUCUACACGGAAUGGGAUGAGCUACAAGCUGCAGCUGGGCGGCAGAGUUCACUUUGGAAGAAAAUGGUUGUACUGCUCAAGUACUAUCAUGAUGUCAACGAGCCUCUGCCUUGUCCUACCCUGAAGAGGGAUGAGUUUGCUGCUAUAGACAUUGGGGAAAUGAAUUAACAUACGCAACCCGGAGUUGGUGCAGCGCUGCCUCAUCUGGUGGGUUCCUUGAGCCCUGUGAGCAUAUCCAAUCAUUCACGGCUCAGUUUUACUUCGCCGGAAGAAGGAAUCUCCUCCACGGAAUCCAAUAGCCCGUAGAAAUGACUUGGGUCCAGGAAGCGUGAUGAUCUUGUUCAUGUCCUGCUCCCGUUUGUCUCAUAACCUCAUGCAUUGUCACUGGGCAUCUAACCUCGACUCCAUUGGUGCCACUCAAAUUGUAAACCUACUUAAAAGUCUAAUGGGGCCUUCUGUUCAUAACCUUAACAUUUUGCUGUCCACCUCCUACACCGCUUGGAAUGGAAUGUGAUGCUACCUUCAGUUUUGCGGAUGACUCGACUACAAGUGGUUUCAUUUUGAAGACUGAAGACAACCGCAUUGUUGCUGCCGGAUGCCGCCUUCGGAACGUCUGGAGCCCCGUGUUGACACAAGUUGCUACCCUUCUUAAAGCCCUCAAUUUUGUUGACUCACAUGCUAUAUUCGUUAAGAUUCUUAAAUAAUUUAAGAAUCCUAAUCAGAUUUUAACUAUUUAGGAGGGUCCUAAUUAAAUUUAAAUUCUUUGAUAGAUUAAUAUUUAAAUUUAGAUUAGGGAUCUAAAUAAGAAGAAUACUCUUUAAAGAAUCAAAUUUUAUUUCUAUAAACGCAUCAUGAGUCUUAAGGUUCAAUAUUAUUCGUGGAGAAAGGAGACCAAAACCUAUAAUAAGACUUCAUCGUGGUGCCAACACCACAAUGAAG